GUGACACGAGCUGAGUGGGGUGGAGGGAAAUGUGGGUGAGUUGCAUUUUGAGAUCUGGGUUGCUGUUUGUCACCCUGUCUCUUGCCAUUGCUAAGCAGAAGCAAUCACCCUUUGCCGAAAGUUGUUACCCAAGGGGAACCCUGUCCCAAGCUGUUGAUACGCUUUAUGUCAAGGCAGCAAGCCUCAGAGCAACGAUUCCAGAAGAUCGCAUAAAAAAUAUACGGUUAUUAAAAAAGAAAACAAAAAAGCUAUUUAUGAAAAACUGCAGAUUCCAGGAACAACUUCUGUCCUUCUUCAUGGAAGAUGUUUUUGGUCAACUCCAGUUACAAGUUUGCAAGGAAAUGCACUUUGUGGAAGAAUUUCAUAGCCUUAGGCAGAAAUUGAGCCGUUGUAUUUCCUGUGCUUCAUCAGCUAGAGAGAUGAAAUCCAUUACCAGGAUGAAAAGAACAUUUUAUGAGAUUGGAAAGAAAGGAAUCUACAAAGCCAUCAGUGAACUGGAUAUUCUUCUUUCCUGGAUUAAACAAUUCUUGGAAAGUAUUAAGUAAUUCAAGAAGCCAAGUGGAUUGACUUAUUAUUUUGAAAUAUAAUGAGCACAACCAGAGAUCAAUUUACAGUAGUGUAUUUCCUUUUAAAUAUUUUGUAUAUAGUGCUAACAGUAAGUUAGAUGUCUAGAGGAAUUUAAUGCAAUAACAUUUUGGAGAUAAGUUAUCAUUUACAUGCACAUUUUCUGUAUUUUCAAAGAAUGCUUUCAUUUUGAAUAUGUUUUGUCAUCCCCAAGUGCAUUGUAUGAGUUUAAUCUAAAAGUGUACAACCAGAAUUAAAUCAUGUAAUAUUUACUCAAAGAAAACGACAGAUUUCUGGGAUACAAUAUAGUGAGACUUACAUAAAUGCCAUGUAUAUAAUUAUUGUCUACUUAAGGAGUAAGCAUAGAAUAGUGUAGGGCUUGAUGAUAAUUAAUUGUGCCCAGUGUGAACUUAGCCCCUAGCAGAUUUUGAUUUUAAUGAAAGAAGUUGUGUUUCUUUGUCCUGGAUAUCCUUUCUAAGACAGUAUGCUAGAAUUUCAUUCAGUAUAAUGGGUAACUAUCAGAUCAGAUCAAAUGGUUGCACAUGUAAACUAACUGCUUGGAAUGGUUUACUAGACACACUUUUGACAGAUAACUCAAGCUACAUAGACUAC